ACAAAAAAGUAAAUGAAGAAGAAGACUUCUACGCUCUUCUUGCAGAACUGAGAACCCCACUGUGCCUUUGUAGAGAGCACAGAGGAAAAGCUUUCAAUAUAAAAAUGGUUCAAGAUGCUUCUAGAUCUGAAUCAACUCACCAAAAACCAGGCCUCCUGAAAGACCAAGUUCAAUUAGCAAGGAGAAGGGGUUCUGAUCGCUAUGAAAUUGUUCCUAUCCCGGAACCUUUAUCAUUUGAGAAGGGCUUUUUUGCUGUAAUCCGGGCAUUUCAGCUGCUGGCACAAAAGAAUGAUGGACUAUUAUUAGUAGGCGUGGCUGGUCCUUCUGGAGCCGGAAAGACUGUAUUUACUGAGAAAAUACUCAAUUUUAUGCCAGCUGUUGCAGUCAUCUCAAUGGACAAUUAUAAUGAUUCUAGCCGAAUUGUUGAUGGCAACUUCGAUGAUCCACGCUUGACUGACUAUGAGACAUUGUUAAAGAAUAUCCAAGAUCUUAAAGCAGGGAAGCAGGUUGAGGUUCCGAUUUAUGAUUUCAAAUCCAGCUCCCGCAUUGGAUACAGGACACUUGAAGUUCCAAGCUCUCGCAUUGUGAUAAUUGAGGGCAUCUAUGCUUUAAGUGAGAAAUUGCGGCCUUUAUUGGAUCUUCGAGUAUCCGUCACAGGGGGUGUUCAUUUUGACCUUGUAAAACGGGUACUACGGGACAUUCAACGAGCAGGACAAGAGCCUGAAGAAAUAAUCCACCAAAUAUCUGAGACGGUGUAUCCGAUGUAUAAAGCUUAUAUUGAGCCUGACCUCCAGACUGCACAUAUUAAAAUCAUUAACAAGUUCAAUCCUUUCACUGGAUUCCAGUGUCCUACUUAUAUUCUUAAGUCAUCAAGGUGUUUGACAGUUGAUCAAAUCAAGUCUGUGCUGUCUGAAGAGCAUGCAGAAAUCAAGGAGCAGACUUAUGAUAUAUAUCUUCUUCCACCUGGCGAGGAUCCAGAGACAUGCCAAUCAUACCUAAGGAUGCGAAAUAAAGAUGGGAAGUACAAUCUCAUGUUUGAGGAGUGGGUCACAGAUUCUCCAUUUGUAAUAUCACCAAGAAUAACUUUUGAAGUUAGCGUGCGGCUUCUUGGUGGUUUGAUGGCCCUGGGAUACACAAUAGCAGCUAUACUUAAGAGAAGCAGUCAUGUAUUCUCUGAUGAUAAGGUCUGUGUGAAAAUUGAUUGGCUGGAGCAGCUCAACCGUCAAUACAUUCAGGUUCAAGGAAGAGACCGGGCUGUUGUAAAAAGUGUUGCAGAGCAGCUGGGACUGGAAGGUUCAUAUACCCCACGCACCUAUAUUGAACAAAUACAACUGGAAAAGCUUGUGAAUGAAGUUAUGGCUCUGCCAGAUGAUUUGAAGACAAAGCUUAGCAUAGAUGAGGAUAUUGUCUCCAGCCCUAAAAAAGCACUUUCUCGAGUGUCAGCAGAAAGGGUAGCACAAAGGAAUAAAAAUCUUAAGAGGGGUAUGUCACAUUCAUAUUCUACCCACAGGGACAAUAGUUUCUCUAAGGCCAAUGGAUUUUCCUCCCAUAACCAUAGAUUUGAGGACAGGACAACAGAUUCAGUGGCACCAUUACCUAACCAGGGGGCCAUCAUGCAGCUAUCAGAACAAAUAUCUACUUUAAAUGCUCGGAUGGAUGAUUUCACAUCCCAGGUUGAAGAAUUUAGUUCCAAGCUAACCAGCAGACGAUCAUCCCCACCUUCACAAAAUUUGGUUUCGCAAGCUGAAGCCUGUAAUGGCUCUGCACCGACUUCUCAUUUUAUUUCUAGCUUAGAGAAUGGCUCCUUAACUGGAGGUAUAAUGCCGAGUUCCUCAUCUUCCUCCCUUUUAGGGAAGGAUGCUCCACUGAUGGAAGAGAUAUCCAACAUAGCCAGGGGGCAGCGCCAAAUCAUGCAUCAAUUGGACAAUCUUAGGAAUCUUGUUCAUGAGAACUUGGGAAAAAGAGCCCAUCCAGCCAGAAUAAACAAGAGCAGUGAGACGGCUUAUGUUGAUCCUGUUGGAGUCUCUCUCAUUUUGACAUUUGCAAUAGGUGGCUUGGGAAUCUUGUUCUUUAAGGGUUAUGCACCCCGAAAUUGAUGCCUUCCCCAACACUGGUUCAUUUGGAUCAUAACAUCUAUACUGGUUGAGCUACGGUUUGUCUUUUUGAAAAUCUUUUUGGUUUACAAGGUCCAGUCACACCACAGAGUUUUGCAAUAGUACCUUCUCAUUUGGAAAGAAGGCUAGUCAUAAAUCAUGCUGAUCUGUAGCUUGAGAUGUUGGAAGCUGUCAAGGCUUUCAAGGCUCUAAUUGAGUGCAUUGCAGAAGGGUAGGAGGGUGUGUUCUGCAAAUUUUGUAGCCUUGCCGGGAUUCUCUGUUUCAGCGCAAUACUCUUUAACCAAUUCACCAGAUUAAUGCAAGAAAGAAAUUGUAACCUCAAUUUAAUGUUGUGAUGGUCAGGGUUCAAAACCUGCUUGAUGGCAGAGUU